CAAUCGACAGGUAGAAUUCAGUUCAGUAUUUCCUAUGAUUUCCCAGAACAGACCCUGACGCUGAGAAUUAUUAGAGCUACUGACCUGGUGGCCAAAGAUUUUUCAGGCACGAGCGAUCCCUACGUUAAAAUCAUGUUGCUACCUGAUAAGAAGAGGAAACUGAUGACCAAUGUGAAGAGGAAGAAUUUGAACCCAAGAUGGAAUGAAGUCUUCGCUUUCGAAGGCUUUCCGUAUGCCAAGCUGAUGAACAAAACUUUGUACCUGCAAGUCCUAGAUUACGAUAGAUUCAGUAGAGAUGAUCCGAUUGGUGAAGUGUGCAUUCCACUGAGCGACUUCGAUCUGUCGUCUGGCCAGACUGUUUGGAAGAAUUUGCAGCCAUGCAAGAGUCACAUGGGAAAACUCGGGGAGAUCUACGUAGGCCUGUGCUAUCACCCCUCCAACGGCCAGCUGACGGUCAGCAUCAAGAAAGCCAGGGAUCUCAAGGCCAAGGACAUCAAUGGACUUUCAGAUCCUUACGUUAAAAUAUGGCUCAUGUUGGAUGGGAAAAAAUCUGAGAAGAAGAAAACAAGAACAGUAGAAAAGUCGUUGAAUCCUCAGUUUGAUGAAAAUUUCGCAUUCGACGUACCUUACGAGAAGAUCCGCCAGACAUCACUCAUGAUAAGCGUCAUGGAUUACGAUCGCAUGGGCAGGAACGAGCAGAUAGGUAGGUGUCAAAUUUUGCUGGGCAGUAAAAGCGGGCCAAUGGAAGUGAAACACUGGAAUGAAAUGUUCUCGAAGGCCAGGCAGGAAGUUUUUCAGUGGCACAUCCUCAAGGAUUUUGGUUAG